AUGCCGAACAUGUGGGAAUUCCUGAUGCGUCUCCUGUGCCUCCCCUCGUCUCUGCGUGCGUCAAUUAUUCAAUGGGAGAGCAUGGAGAACUUCACCUUCCGCCUUGUCAGUCCUGAGGGCGUGGCGCGGCUUUGGUCCUUCAGGAAGCGACAAGACAAAAGUAAACGCUACAAUAACUUCGCCAGAGGUUUGAGAUACCACUACAAGACAACAGCGCUCAGACAGGUGCCAGACCGCCAGCUUGUCUAUCAGUGUGGUGAGAAGGCGAUUAGAUACCUAAGAACUCUCAACAGGAUGUAAUAGUGGUGGAUGUGGUGGUGGUGGUGGUGGUGGUGAUGGUGGUGGUGGUUAGUAGUAAUAGUGGUAGUAAUGGUAGUAGCAGUAGUAGAAGUUGUCAGCCUCUCACCAGCAUUCUGUUGGUGUCUCUAAUGCAAGAGUUCGCCAGUGUUCUAAGACUGCUUCACACCAAUGAUUUUCGCCGAUCUGGGUCCGGCACAUGCCGCACGGUUCAGCGUUACAUUUAUCCUGCCGUACUGCCAGUAAAAGACCGCCACAGCAGCAAUGCUGCACAACGGUGGUGUGGUAGUGAAGUGGUGCUGUGGUGUGGCCGCCUUCCUUCACACAGCUAGUGUUUCCAGCGAGUGGCGAUAUUUCUUUGUAGAAUAUAGAAUAUUGAGGAAAACAGAGAUACCUUUAUUUACUCACAAAAUUUAUGAGUUUUCUUGCCAAAUAUGUAAUAAAACUGAGAUAUCUUCAGUAUUCUGUCAAGAUUUAACAAUUUUUCUUACCAAAUAUAUAAAAAAGCAAUAUUUUUUUUAUUUUUCUGAUAAAAUCUGUAAGUUUUCUUACCAGAUAUGUUAGCAAACAGAUAUCUGAAGUUUCCUUACAUAAUUUAUGAAAUUUCCUGGUCAUAAAAUCAAGAGAACAGCAGCAGUCUGUUAAGUGUGGCGGAUGAGUCUUAUGAAGUGGUCCGUCACUGACAGACAAACAACAAUGGUGGUGGUGAUGGGGUCUAGAGAGGAGGAGGAGGAGGAGGAGGAGGAAAGAAGAAAAGGCGACAUUACCCUUGAACCACCUCCCCCUCACUCCCCACCCAACCCGUUCCCCUCGUUCGUCGUUGUAAGGUCGUUCUCUUUAUCUAUCUUGGUUUGGUUAGGUUAGGUUAGGGUAGAUCAGGUCGUGCAUAACUCUCGGUACGACUUUUUAACUACAAUGGUGGUGGUGAUGGGGUCUUGUUUUUUGUUCUUUUUUUAUGUUACGGCUUAUAGCGCCUGUAGGUAUACUUGAGGAGUAUGGGAAGCGCUGUUCAGCUUCCGCCCAUUAGUGGCGCAAGCAAUUUUAUUUAUAGUGAUACCGAUAUUAAGGCCCACAUCACCACCCAAGCGCAUAUUUGGUGUAACCACCUAAAACUGUGUAUCAUGGCGACAGGUAGCUAACUUUAAACUACUAGCGAAAAGGCAAAAUUUCAAGGCAGUACGUGGUGGGAUUCGAACAUCCACGUAGACACGUAGACCCCCACGCUCACCACCUUAUCCACUACGCCACUGUGGAUGUUAAGCGAAACAGCCCGUGCCAGAGAGGACACACAGCUCCGUUACCUCACAUGUCCAGGGGCCAUGCGGUUUCCGUGCUGCAUAUAACCCAUAGGAGAGGAAAUGGUUGGUGUGAAAGUAUCCUAAUCUUAACUUCAGUCUAAUCUUAGUCUAUCCUCAACCUAACUUAACCUAACCAUAUCAAGUCUUUAGUUAAGUUCG